AUGCACUUCGAAAUUAACGACCUUAAUAGAGAAUGUCAGAAAAAUUAUUCUAGUAUGACUAGCCAGGAGAGACUUAACUUGAGGAGGCGAAUUAUACAAGAUGCCCUAACUUUUGCGUACAACUUCUCCUAUUCCAAUUUUUCCAGUUAUCAGUAUUUCUCCCCUAUGUAUGCUAGCAACACGGAGGAACUGAAAAACCUGGAAAAUUUCGUCAAGGAAAUAAAGCUGGACAAUCGCAGAAAAGAAGAAAUGAUCAAUCUGGCUAGACAAAAGAUUCCCCUCUAUUAUUUCCCUUUCAGUAACAUGUACAGCGAAGGAGAGCUCAAGUACUUCGAGAAUUGCGUCGUUCCCUAUGUGAACAAGCAAGAAGAAGUUAAGCAAAUGCAUAAGUAUCUCUCCAAUGCGUAUCAAAAUUACCUUAUUUACAACAAUAUUUACAAAUUGUGGGCAGAGGAGCUGGAAUCUUUAAACAACUUGAUCCUUUUUGAUGCGUAUAGGAACAAAGUUAAGGACCAAGGAGAUCCAGUACAAGAAGAAAAACAGGAAAAAAUACACAUAAACAAAAUUGAAAAAAUCAAGAGGAGGAUUCGAAUGCACAUCUACAAAGAUGCCCAAGUGACAAAUGAAUCUGCACAGAACUCACAAGAAUGGACUACACAAGCUGAAGGAACAAAAAAGGAAAAUAUAAAUUUUGACGACUGGCUCUGA